AUGAUAUGGUAUCAACUCGCGAACAAUUUUUCCACUGGCUCUCUGGCAAAGUUUCAGCUGAAGCAAAAAAAAAAGCUUGCUUUCUAUGACUGGGACAUAUUGCUCAAUACAGACAUUGAUGGGUUUAAAUCAAUUAUUGGUGACAGACUUAUUGCCGGUGCAGUCUAUAACAAGAUCCAUCUGACUGAACACCAAAAGAACAAGGUUCACACGUUUCCAAAAGAUACCGAAAAGAAUUCAAAGCAAGUAGCACUGUAUAUUAUAGACUCCGCGAAUACGUCUAUUAUGCUAGUCAAACACUCCCUUGAUCAAUGCUAUUGCUGUAGGUCGCUUCAUACGGAUGAUUUUGAUGUCUCUAACAAGGAAGCUUUCUGGUCAUAUCUUAAUGAAGGCUUCAUAAGGGCUGAUGCUCGUCUACCAGUGGUCAUCCGUGACUCUAAGACUUUUUGUGAGGCAUUUUAUAGUUCACAUGAGAGGUGGAGCAAACCUGUAGUUCUUUUCUUUGAUGAAUUUGACAUGCUUCAUGAUGAUACUGCAGUAAGUGCUCGCUGUCCACAAUCCGGCCUUAACAAAAGUCAAGUUCAAAAGCUCUUCCAAGAAUUUGAGAAUGACUAUGGUAUAACUAUCGAUUCUGAGAUUGUUGAUGAUAUUUUUCAACUAACCAAUGGACAUGCCGGCCUAGUUAAUGUCUGUGGUGCUGCAAUCCAACGUUCUCUUUUGCCACUUGAGAAUCAGGCACUUAAUUUUGAUCAAUGGCAAGAUUUUGUCUUCACAUCACUACUGUCGAAUGUACUAGCAUAUGGCACAUUCCAGAAGUUGGUCAACUCUCUCACAAAGGAAUCAGAAAAGCAAAUUAAUGCAUUGAAUUACCUCCGGUCCUUCUUCCUGGGGAACUUUGAUGAAUUUGUGAAUGUCUCUCCUACCUAUACCCACCAGCAUGAAGCUGCAUAUCUGGCUGCCCUAGGUGUACUAUAUCCUGAUAAAGAAGAAGUAGCAGCAUUCAAAAUGACAUCACCUCUUGUGGACUCAUUGAUUCAACAAUUCAUCAUUCCAAGGAUGUAUCCCACUGCUCCCAAUAUGGCACCCCCUGAGAAAUAUGAUGGUGGGCCCAUGGACAUUCUGCAGGUCUUGAAGGAAGCACUCAAAUUUUUUGACAAGGAUCUGAUGCCUACACUAUCAAUGGUCAAUGGCAUAUUCGUGAUGGCACUUCCCACAGAUACCCUGAUAUUGUCAUCAAGAAACCUGCAAAACCCAGUCAUUCUCGAGCUUUUGGCCACAGGAGACUUGCAAUCUAUCAAAAACCAUAUUGACAAGACUCCCAUCUACAAAAACCGUCUGGCUGCACAAGAGGCCUGGGUCGUCCACUUUACUUGUGAAGACAACUACCUCGUAAGCCCUUUCUGGCCAUCUUCUGACAUGUUGAAUAAGGACAUCUACAUGAUCCAUAUCUUGCAUGACUGCAACUUUACCAAUGUACAGAUAAGUGCCAAGUAUAAGAGUUGGGGUAGUGACAACAUCCUGUAUGUCAACAAUGAGCGUAUAAUUUGA